UGAGGCUGCGGCCGGCCGCGCGUCGGGCGAGGCGUCCUCCUCCGCGGCGGCGGGGGGGGCGUCGGCGGCGGCGAGCGCGGAGGAGGAGAGGGUGCUCGAGGUCGUGCCGGCCGCCAGCGCGGCGGUGGCGAGGCUCGUGCUGCGGCGCGAGGGGGGCGACGUGCAGGCGGCGGUCGAGGCGCUGCUGGGCGGCGGCAGCCUCGAGGCGCUCGAGGUGGAGGCGCGGGCGGCGGCGGCGGGGAGGGGGGCGGAGGGACAGGAGGGACAGGAGGGAGAGGCGGCCGCCGCCGCCGCCGCCGCCGCUCCGGAGCCGCCGCUCGAGGAGCUACGUGCGGCCGCCGCCGCGGCCGUCGCGGCGGCGGCGGCGGCCGCGCGCGUGCGUGUGUCGCUCCGGUGCGCGCCUCCGAUGCCGUCGCUCCCGAUGGUGAUCCCCGAGCGGGGCCAGUCCGAGCGCGACCUGGCGCAGCGGCUGAACGUGCCGACGGUGGUCGUGGCGCGCCUGUCGGGCUCGGUCACGCUGCUCGACGGCGGCGGGAGGAAGGUCGAGAUCGGGCUCGGCAUCAAGUCGCGGAGGCAGCGGCUGGUGGCCGUCGGCUGGUGCCGGCUGCGCCCGUCCGCCGGCGGGUCGGACGAGGUGUGGGAGUACCUCGGCCUGGCGGAGCGCACGCUGCGCGAGUACCAGGCCGAGUUCCCGUCCCUGCUCUGCCCGACCGAGCCGCGCGUCUCCGUCGCCGGCGUGACCGCGGCCCACGCACCGGGCGAGGCGGUCCUGUACGUGCGCGGCUCCGGGCCGGUGCCGUUUGGGGAGCGAGGCAUCGUGCUGGCGACGCAGGGCGCGCGCUGCGAGGUCAUCUUCGAGCACGAGGGCUUCUGCUCGUUUGGCCACUUCUCGCGCCUCGAGACGUCGCGCGCCGCUGUCGUCCCCGCGGCCGCGCUGCUAAACCUCUCGCGCCCCCCUCGGUCCAAGGCGGCCGACGCGCCGCCCGACGCGGCGGCAGCCCUCUUCGGAGGCGGCAGCGACUCCUUCGCCGCCUUCGCAAAGGGCACGAACCCGUAUGCCGUGCUCAGCCAGGCGCCGGCGGAGUGAGCCGCGCGCGGAGCCCCCUCAAUGAACUCGAGAGUCGCGGUGGCGCUCGUGCGCGGCGGCUCACAGACGAAGGGGACUGUGAACAAGGCAGUAGCUAGAGGGAGAGCGCGCAGCGGGCGCUGCUGCUGAAGGGGCGCUCUCUGCUCUCUCUCGAGAGUGUAACACGUUUGUGAAUCACAAACGUGAAGUCGCAUGGAUUUGCCGCUUCAAUCAACGAAGUCGGUGGUCAGGGAGCCAUCUCAUACAUUUCAGGUCUCAGUAAGCCGUAUACUC